UAGAUAUAUAGAUAUAGAGAAAUUAUAAUAAUGAGGAGAGAAGUUGUAGUAGCGGCGGUGACGACGGUAUCCACGGUGGUGGUGGCAGGAGUGCUGAUAGUUCGAUGGAGGAAUCGAGACGAGAGACGAUGGAGACAAACGCAACGGAUUCUCAGGAAAUUCGCAAACGAUUGUGCGACUCCUGUGCCGAAGCUAUGGCACAUUGCGUUCGAUUUAGUUUCCGAAAUGCAAACGAGUUUGUGUGAUCAAUCACAGACGGAUUACGUCAUGCAUCCGUCUUUCAUCUAUUCUCUUCCUCAAGGUAUCGAAGAAGGUCUAUACUAUGGGGUAAAUCUACGGGAAGCUAGUUUUGUAAUGUUGCGUGCAAGGCUUAUUGGAAGAGACCAACCUGAGCCGAUCACUGACUUGGACAAAGAAGCGGUUGAUAUCCCUUCUGAACUAAUGUCCGCCAGCAUUAAGGAACUCUUUGAUUACAUAGCACUGAAACUGGCAGUAUUCAUCUCAAUAAAUACAAAAACAAACCCCAUUGCUCCAAAAAGCAAAUUGGGAUUCACCGUCUCUUUUCCAUUGCGCGAGGGACCUUCUGAAGUCAGUAGAAGUGUUAUAAAGUGGAAGUCCUCCCGUUUCAAUGACGCAGUUGGGUACGAGUUGGGAUGUGAAUUUAAUAAGGCGUUGGAAAAGCAUGGGAUAGAUUUGCGGGUUUCUGCAUUUGUAGAUGCCACAUUAGGUGAUCUGGCAGGUGGUCGAUAUUACAACAAAGAUUGUGUAGCUGCAGUUACAUUGGGGGAAGCUACUAAUGCCGUUUAUGCAGAAUUAAAUCAGCCCACUCCAGAUGCAAAUUUCGACAAAUUUGGAGAAACGGUUAUUGAUAUGCAAUGGGGCAAUUUCAAUACUCCGCAUCUUCCUAUAACUCAAUUUGACAUGGCCUUAGACUCUGACAGCUCAAACCGUGGAUACCGGAUCUUCGAAAAACUAAUUGGCGGAAGAUAUCUAGGGGAGGUUGUCAGGAGAGUGCUGCUUAAAAUGGCCAAAGAAACUGCAUUAUUUGGAGAAACUGUUCCUGCUAAACUCAAAACUCCUUACAUAUUGAGAUCGCCUGAUAUGGCUGCAAUGCAUCAAGAUACAUCAGAAAACCGAGAUACCAUCCAGGAGAAGCUUAUGGAAGUUUUCGGGAUUACAUACACUACGCUAGCAGUGAGAGAAAUAGUGGCUGAAGUGUGUGACGUAGUGGCAGAAAGAGCAGCACGUCUUUCAGGCUCAUGCAUAGUUGGAAUACUGAAAAAGCGUGGAAGAAUCAACGACAAAAGGAAUGUUGUAAUCAUCGAAGGAGGACUAUAUGAACAGUAUAGAGUUUUCAGAAAUUUAUUGCAUAGCAGUGUGUGGGAAAUGCUUGGAAGCACACUAUCUGAUAAUGUGGUUGUGGAAAGAGCUCAUGGAGGAUCCGGUGCAGGCACUAUUUUUGUGGCAGCUGCACACUCAGAAAUUUAUGGGCAGCAGUCCACAAGCCCCUCUUUUUCGUCUCAUGGAAUUGAUGAUCAUAGGGACUUAGGGACACAUGAUAAUCAGGCUGCAGGAAGUGAUGAGCUAGUGUACCAAGCAGAAUAUAUGGAUGAUCGAACAGAAACGGCAUCAAUCAAGGAGGGUGAUCAGACAAGUGAUCAAUUAGACUCGAGUGAUGAUGAUGAGGACGACGAGGAGGCAUAAAGAACCGUAGUUUACUAGUUUUACUAUAACUGAUUUACUAUACUUUUCUUUAGGAUAAAAAAACAGUAUGAAUUGAAACUUUACUGUUACUGUUACUAGUAUGGACUUUGUGCUUUAAGAUGCGAUAGAAUAUCUGACAUUUAAAUUUCUGGAAGUAACACUUAAAUUUCUUUA